CCCCUCCCUCCCAAUCUGCCUGCGCUCCGCUCCCUCAUCACUCUCCCCCCUCCGCGCCCGCCGGAUCACCCGCCGGCCUCCGCUCUCUCUCUCUCUCCACCAUCGCCUACGAGCUAGGAGUAGUGGGCUACGACCUACGAGUGAGUGAUAGCCCGCAACUCUGUCCCGCCAUUACUCCACCCUCAUAACAGAGGAAGCAGGGAGCAGAGGAGGCGGAGAAGAGCCGGGAAAGAGCACGCCGGCAGGCAAGGCAGGCAGAGAGUAAUCCUUCCGCUCUGCGGCCGUACCUUCACCCGGGCGGCGCGGCGGCCACCACCACCACGCUCCUAGGCUCCUAGCUAGCUAGCUACCGUAGCUACGAGCGAGCCAGCAGAGAGCCCACUCCUGCAUCAAUCGCACAGUAAAUUCCGGCGCACCCUGCAUUCACUGCCCCGUCCGUCCGGCCGGCCAAAUCUUUUCUGAUCCUCCUCCUCAUCGCGAGAAAAGCAAAGCACAGCGCAGCCGCGUGGUGAGAGAACGGGGGAGAGGCGAGGAUGGUGCCGCGCGAGCAUGGGGACGAGGCCAUCGUGGCGGACGGGCACGGCAAGGAGGAGGAGGUCGGGGUGAUGGGCGUGAGCAGCGGCGGCGCGGACGGCGACGAGGAGCAGCACGGCGGCGGCGGCGGCAAGUUCAGCGUGACCAGCUUCCUCUGGCACGGCGGCUCCGUGUGGGACGCCUGGUUCAGCUGCGCCUCCAACCAGGUGGCGCAGGUGCUGCUGACGCUGCCCUACUCCUUCUCGCAGCUGGGGAUGCUCUCGGGCAUCCUGCUGCAGCUCUUCUACGGCUUCCUCGGCAGCUGGACCGCCUACCUCAUCAGCGUCCUCUACGUCGAGUACCGCUCCCGCAAGGAGAAGGAGGGCGUCAGCUUCAAGAACCACGUCAUCCAGUGGUUCGAGGUGCUGGACGGGCUGCUGGGCCCGUACUGGAAGGCGGCCGGGCUGGCCUUCAACUGCACCUUCCUGCUCUUCGGCACCGUCAUCCAGCUCAUCGCCUGCGCCAGUAACAUCUACUACAUCAACGACCGGCUGGACAAGCGGACGUGGACGUACAUCUUCGGCGCCUGCUGCGCCACCACCGUCUUCAUCCCGUCCUUCCACAACUACCGGAUCUGGUCCUUCCUGGGCCUGGGCAUGACCACCUACACGGCCUGGUACCUGGCCAUCGCCGCGCUCAUCAACGGGCAGGUGGAGGGCGUCACCCACACCGGCCCCAACAAGCUCGUCCUCUACUUCACCGGCGCCACCAACAUCCUCUACACCUUCGGCGGACACGCCGUCACCGUGGAGAUCAUGCACGCGAUGUGGAAGCCGGCCAAGUUCAAGUACAUCUACCUGCUGGCGACGCUGUACGUGUUCACGCUGACGCUGCCGUCGGCGUCGGCCAUGUACUGGGCGUACGGGGACGAGCUGCUGGCGCACGCCAACGCCUUCUCGCUGCUGCCCAAGACGGCGUGGCGGGACGCGGCCGUCAUCCUCAUGCUCAUCCACCAGUUCAUCACCUUCGGCUUCGCCUGCACGCCGCUCUACUUCGUGUGGGAGAAGGUGAUCGGCAUGCACGACACCAAGAGCGUCUGCCUCCGCGCCCUCGCCAGGCUCCCCAUCGUCGUCCCCAUCUGGUUCCUCGCCAUCAUCUUCCCCUUCUUCGGCCCCAUCAACUCCGCCGUCGGCGCCCUCCUCGUCAGCUUCACCGUCUACAUCAUCCCCGCCCUCGCCCACAUGCUCACCUACCGAUCCGCAUCCGCACGCGCCAACGCGGCGGAGAAGCCGCCCUUCUUCCUGCCGAGCUGGACGGGGAUGUUCGUGCUCAACGCCUUCAUCGUGGUGUGGGUGUUCGUGGUCGGCUUCGGCCUCGGCGGCUGGGCCAGCAUGGUCAACUUCAUCCGCCAGAUCAACACCUUCGGCCUCUUCGCCAAGUGCUACCAGUGCCCCAAGCCCGGCGCCGCCAUCGUCGCCCCUGGCCCCUCCUCCUUGCACCACUAGCUCCCUCGCCGUCGCCCGGGACCGUGACACUGCCAUGCCACUGGCCGGUGGGAAGCAAGCAAGGAGCUCGAGAAGCUUCCCCUCCCGCUCCCGGCGGAUCCAUUACUGUUGCUUGCUAGGUUUUGGUCGCCUUGUAAUAUACAAGCCUCGCCUCUCCUAGGGCGUCCGUCAGUGUCACACCGCACCGUAGUAGAACAGCAGGGUGACCGGGUCCCUAAGACCACGUCCGUUGCUUCCCCCUGCCAGACCCGUUGGUAGUACGUACGUACGUGUCCGUGUGUUUGUGUUUGGCUUGCCCCACCAAUAUAUAUGUGAUGGUCUUCAUGGCUUAUAAGAUUUGCAUGCAGCUCAUGGGACAUUUCAUAUGAUGAUGAAUUGAAUUGAUGAUGGUAUUAACAUACUUA